AUGGUCAACUAUCACAGCGACUGCACCUCCUCUUCCCCCCCGAGCCCCGUGCGCCUCACCCUCCGCCGCCGCGACCGCGACGAGCGCCGUCGCCAAGCAGAGCACUUCGCCCAGGGCCGGCCCCGGCCCUCGCACACCCUCUGCGGCAACGACAGCUGUCUGCUGCGCUGCUGCAACGUCUACGCCACGAGUCCGCGCUUCCUGCCCGUGUUCCUGCUGGGCGACAGCGAGCGCAGCGCAGACGGGGUUCCGGUAAGGGACAUCUGGACGGACUUUGCCUAUUUGGCGAGCACGCGGAUGUGGCCCUUCCCGGAGAAGGGGAGGAAGAAUGGUGAUAAGAACAAGAAGAGGAAGCAGAGCGAGGCGCUGCUCAGGGCGCAGUCCAUCGAGGCGUUUGCCGCGUCGCCGCCGGUGAGGGCGGCGUAUCUCGACUUCAGGGGCCUCUGCGAAAAGAACAACCUGAGCUUCACGGCGGAGUCACGGCUCCGGGACAUGCUCUCUGCCGCAAUGCCAUCCUUUUGCGACGUCCUCGCGUCACUAGACGCAGCAACAGCAGCAGCAGCAGCAGCAGCAAAAUCCGACGACAUGCCAGCGUACACUGAGCAGCUCGUCCACUGCACGCUGCAAGGCUGCCCGCCGCAACAGCAGCAGCAGCAGCAGCCCAACCAUCAGAUGCUGCUGCUGCAGCACCCGGGGGACAAGCAGCCAUUCCCGUGGACGCACGAGGCCUGCAUCAUGCGCUUCCUGCUGACGACCGAGCUGUGGCGACGACACGACGGGCGACACAUGCGCCGGCGCGGAUGGGCGUGGGGAGGGCGCUGGAGAGUGGCGGAGAUGCUGUCGGGGGUGCUGCUGCAGUAUUGGCUGAUGGAUCGGGAGAGGUGCUUUGAGCGGGUGUCGUGUCGCGGAGGGGAGCAGUGUGAUGAAGUUUGGCAGGAUUGGGUGGACAAGUAUCCGCUGCUGGGGGAGGACGAUGAUGAUGGUGAUGAUGAUGAUGAUGGUGGUGAGGAGGAUGAGCAGGAGGAACAAGAGGAGGAGGAGGAGAAGGAAGAAGAGGAAGAGGAGAGUAAUAGUAGGGCAGUCAAGAGCCCUGAGCUGGUGCCCAAGCCGCUCGGGCUCAUCAAGGGGCUGGAUCUGGACAAGGACGUGGGAUACGUUGGCGGCGUUGGGACGGCGCAUAGGGGGCCGUUAUGGAUCGAGGGGCGGCAGAGGCAUGGCGUCGAGGGGCUGCCGCAGCAUUGA